AUGGCCUCGGACGAGCCUCAGGAGAAGAGGAGGUCCUGCUGCAGCCUCCUCACCUGCUCCUCACCUGCUCCUCACCACCUUCUCACCUGCUCCUCACCGCCUCCUCACCUGCUCCUCACCACCUUCUCACCUGCUCCUCACCGCCUCCUCACCUGCUCCUCACCGCCUCCUCACCUGCUCCUCACCGCCUCCUCACCUGCUCCUCACCGCCUCCUCACCUGCUCCUCACCACCUCCUCACCUGCUCCUCACCGCCUCCUCACCUGCUCCUCACCUGCUCCUCACCUGCUCCUCACCGCCUCCUCACCGCCUCCUCACCUGCUCCUCACCUGCUCCUCACCUGCUCCUCACCUGCUCCUCACCUGCUCCUCACCGCCUCCUCACCUGCUCCUCACCUGCUCCUCACCUGCUCCUCACCUGCUCCUCACCUGCUCCUCACCUGCUCCUCACCUGCUCCUCACCGCCUCCUCACCUGCUCCUCACCUGCUCCUCACCUGCUCCUCACCUGCUCCUCACCUGCUCCUCACCUGCUCCUCACCGCCUCCUCACCUGCUCCUCACCUGCUCCUCACCUGCUCCUCACCGCCUCCUCACCUGCUCCUCACCUGCUCCUCACCUGCUCCUCACCUGCUCCUCACCUGCUCCUCACCGCCUCCUCACCUGCUCCUCACCGCCUCCUCACCUGCUCCUCACCUGCUCCUCACCUGCUCCUCACCUGCUCCUCACCUGCUCCUCACCUGCUCCUCACCGCCUCCUCACCUGCUCCUCACCUGCUCCUCACCUGCUCCUCACCUGCUCCUCACCGCCUCCUCACCUGCUCCUCACCUGCUCCUCACCUGCUCCUCACCUGCUCCUCACCUGCUCCUCACCGCCUCCUCACCUGCUCCUCACCUGCUCCUCACCUGCCUCCUCACCGCCUCCUCACCUGCUCCUCACCUGCUCCUCACCUGCUCCUCACCUGCUCCUCACCUGCUCCUCACCUGCUCCUCACCGCCUCCUCACCUGCUCCUCACCUGCUCCUCACCUGCUCCUCACCGCCUCCUCACCUGCUCCUCACCUGCUCCUCACCUGCUCCUCACCUGCUCCCUCACCUGCUCCUCACCGCCUCCUCACCUGCUCCUCACCGCCUCCUCACCUGCUCCUCACCUGCUCCUCACCUGCUCCUCACCUGCUCCUCACCUGCUCCUCACCUGCUCCUCACCGCCUCCUCACCUGCUCCUCACCUGCUCCUCACCUGCUCCUCACCUGCUCCUCACCGCCUCCUCACCUGCUCCUCACCUGCUCCUCACCUGCUCCUCACCUGCUCCUCACCUGCUCCUCACCGCCUCCUCACCUGCUCCUCACCUGCUCCUCACCGCCUCCUCACCUGCUCCUCACCUGCUCCUCACCUGCUCCUCACCGCCUCCUCACCUGCUCCUCACCGCCUCCUCACCGCCUCCUCACCUGCUCCUCACCUGCUCCUCACCUGCUCCUCACCUGCUCCUCACCGCUCCUCACCUGCUCCUCACCUGCUCCUCACCUGCUCCUCACCUGCUCCUCACCGCCUCCUCACCUGCUCCUCACCUGCUCCUCACCUGCUCCCUCACCUGCUCCUCACCUGCUCCUCACCUGCUCCUCACCGCCUCCUCACCUGCUCCUCACCUGCUCCUCACCUGCUCCUCACCGCCUCCUCACCUGCUCCUCACCUGCUCCUCACCUGCUCCUCACCUGCUCCUCACCUGCUCCUCACCGCCUCCUCACCUGCUCCUCACCGCCUCCUCACCUGCUCCUCACCUGCUCCUCACCUGCUCCUCACCUGCUCCUCACCUGCUCCUCACCUGCUCCUCACCGCCUCCUCACCUGCUCCUCACCUGCUCCUCACCUGCUCCUCACCUGCUCCUCACCGCCUCCUCACCUGCUCCUCACCUGCUCCUCACCUGCUCCUCACCUGCUCCUCACCUGCUCCUCACCGCCUCCUCACCUGCUCCUCACCUGCUCCUCACCGCCUCCUCACCUGCUCCUCACCUGCUCCUCACCUGCUCCUCACCUGCUCCUCACCGCCUCCUCACCUGCUCCUCACCGCCUCCUCACCUGCUCCUCACCGCCUCCUGAUGUGGGGAUGA